AUCUCACGGAUGUCAUCUUAACGGCGCUGACAAAGCCCUAACGGGGAUGACAUGGAGACACCUAAUCUCUAUUAUUCCACGUAAGCAAUUUCAUUGCUUAAUAAAAAUCUACCCAAAGAAAGAAAAAAUCCCUAACCCUUAAUUUCCCCGUCAAUUGACCUCCAAACCUCUCGGCUGUUCAUCUUCCCCAAAAGCUUCCAAGUCGGACAAAAUAACCAUUGAUCAUCCUUGACCUCUGCAUUGCAAUGCCGCCGGACAAACCAACUAAAAGAAGCAUAAGAGGUAAGCUUGAUUAUGGUAAUAGAUGGAGUUAUAUAUUCUGUUAUAUAUUCUUAGGGUUUUGGUACCGACAGUAAGAGCCUAAGAGGAGUGUGGACGAGGCCGGUGCGGCGCAAUCCGUAACUGUGGGUACUGGGCAGGCUUAUAUGGAUUUAUGCAUAUGUGAGAUUGAAAUUGAAGGAAGGGGUAUGCUCUUAGUCUUUGCUGUCUUUAGGGAGACACGUAGCAGUAGAGAAUGGGAUUUGCAGAAUGCAUAUGGACCACUUUUAAUCUUCUCUAUGCCUUGCCUUGCCUUGCCUUUUUUGUUGUAUUUUUUCACAUUUUUGUCUCUAGUAACAAGAGAAGGAAAAGCUAAAGAGAGAUGGGUGGGUAUGGGAUUGAAACAUGAGGCACGUAGGCGGGUGGGGUUUGUCACAGAUCACUUUUAAUCUUUUUUAUAUGUUCUUUUGUCUUCUUGUAUACUUUUGUUUCUAGUAACAACAAGCUAAUUAUUGUUUUAUGCAGGUGUUAACGACAAUAAUACUGAAAGUGGGAAUAUGACAAGAAACUCAAAGAAGCAUACAUUCAGAAAUUUGGCAAAUAAUUUUGCAGAAGAUGCAUUAUCUGAAAGCAGUGAUGUGAGUUCUGAUUUUGAGGUACAUUUUGAGGACAGUGAUUAUGAUUUGAUGGAUAAGGAAGAUGAUUUGAUAUAUGAUAAUUAUGUCGAUGGAGAAGUGGAAGCUGGAAAUGGAUUUGAUUUUCAAUUGGAAGGUGCAUCAAAUCCGCAAUCACCUGUUGCUUAUGAUGAUGAUAUUGCUUAUGAUGGUGACGGGGAGCUUACUCAUGUGGUUGAGGAUGGAAGUGAGAUGAUGGAUUUCCUGAGUUCAAUGCAGAAGCGAAUAUGAAUGAUCCAGUAUUUUUUGAAGGUCUCAAGUUUAAAUCCUUUGAUGAAUUCAAGGAGGCAGCAAAGCAUUAUGCAAUAAGACAUAAAAGGAACAUUCGGUUUAAGCAUAAUGACAAGUUGAGGGUCCAUGCUGUUUGCCAAGAUGGUUGUCCAUGGGAAAUAUGGGUCUCCUACAUGUCUAGUGAGAAGACACCUCAAAUCAAGACAUGUCGUAUAAAUCAUAGUGAGCAUUGCAAAAAAGUGUACAAUACCAGAUUCCUCACAGCCAAGUGGAUAGCACAAAAGUACCUAGAGAGGUUUAGAGUUGAUCCUGCAUGGUCUUGUCCCCUUCUAAUCCAAACUGUCAAGGAAGAUUUGAUGCUAACCAUGAGCAUGCCUAAAGCUCAAAGGUGUAGACGUGAGGCUUGGGUACUAUUAGGUGGGCAAGAGAAAGAUCAAUACGAAAAAUUAUAUGAUUAUGCAGGUGAGAUUCGAAGGACAAACCCAGGAUCCACAGUGAUCAUUGAGCAGAUUGGAGGUAUUUUUGAGAGGAUGUACAUGUGCUUGCAAGGAUGCAAAGAAGGAUUCAAGGCAGGAUGUAGAAGGUUCAUAUCCAUCGAUGGUUGUUUUAUCAAAACCGAUAUUGGGGGACAAUUACUAACAGCUAUUGGUGUUGAUCCUAAUGAUUGCAUUUUCCCCAUUGCAUUUGCCUUGGUGAAGAAAGAAAACAGAGAUAAUUGGCAAUGGUUUAUUAGAAACUUGGUUGAAGAUCUUGAAGUAGAAAAUAGUCCCAGAUGGUGCUUUAUGUCUGAUCGUCAAAAGGUAAUUAAGAUUAAUUAUUAUUAAUAACUUAGAUGUUAUCCUUCUGGUUUGAUGUAUUAUGUUCUUUCUAAUAUUUGAAUUUACAAUCACUUGUAGGGGCUAAUUGCAGCCUUAAAUGAUGAGUUAUUCGACGUGGAGCAUCGAUUUUGUGUACGCCACAUGUACACAAAUUUUCGGAAAGAUGUUUCCAGUGACUUGUUACUGAAAGACUUGAUCUGGAAGGUAGCACGAGCUACUACUACAAGUGAAUUCAAGAGGUGGAUGCAAGAGAUUGGGAGGCAAAGUGAGAAGGCAAAGAAUUGGUUGCAUGAGAGACCUUUUAGAGAGUGGUCAAGAAGCCAUUUUCAAGUUCUAUGUGGGUGUGACAUGCUUCUCAACAAUCUAUGUGAGUCUUUCAAUCGUUGCCUACUAGAUGCAAGGUGUCAACCCAUUAUCUCCAUGUUUGAGGCCAUUAGAUGCAUACUAAUGAGACGUAUGCAUGUGAAAAACAAAGUUGGUGGUAAAAUGACUGGUCGAAUUUGUCCCAAAAUACAAACAAAAUUGGAAA